AUGACCGACCACACCACUUCAUCAUCGCAGCAGUAUGCUACACCGCACAAAAAGGUGAUGCGCUCUCAGACGUGGGAUGACUCCGACUCUCACAGUCUCACUCUCGCAUCGCCUUCCACACCUGCAGCCAAGUCUACCUCGUUGAAUGGCGGCGAUCUCUUCCACGCCAAACAGCGCGAGAUUGACCAUGCUCGCGCACAACAGGAUGCUAAGCAGGUUUUUGCUCAGCACCAGUCCGAAUUCGAAGAUUCGCGCGACAAGCUCGUCGGCGCCAUUGACACCACCAGCCACCUCUUGGCAGAUCUGCGCGAUUUCAACAAGAACAAGCGCUUGAUCCACUAUGCCGCCGCCGCCGCCGCCGGUCCUUCGCGCCAGCUCUCUUCUCAACACAGGCGCUCGCAGUCCAACUCGCAGAACCACAGCCUCGAGGAAGCAGACGCACAGCUCCAAUCUUCCUCCGUCGACAGCGCCCAUCGCCCUGCACCUCCUGCUUUGAUGCGCCUCAACACCACAGGCGGUCACGCCAGCUUGCCCAGCACUCCAGCACGUGCCGCUCCAGCUUUGCUCAAACAAGCCGACCAAGACGCAGAAGAGUCCAACGACAUGUCUGUCCUAAAACUCGAUCUUCGCGUCGGCUCGCUCGCCGCCAACCCGCAAGCCCUCGUGCGCUCCUUGGAGCGUUCGUCGGUAGCACAGCUGCUCGACGGCAGGAUGCAAAAGUCCGAACGUCACCUCGAGAACCUCAAGCAGCGUCUCUCCGACACCCAGUCCAAGGUGUUGGUCACAGGUGAUCUCAACGCCGGCAAGUCCACCUUUGUCAACGCUCUGCUCCGCCGACCUCUCAUGCCCACCGACCAGCAGCCUUGCACCACCGUCUUUUGCGAGGUUCUCGACGCUUCCCUACUCAACAAAGACGUCGAAGAGGUCCACAUGCUCAAGCCAGGUCAUAAGUACGACUGCCACGACGACUCCACCUUCACUCGCCACACACUCCAAGACGUCGAGCAGAUCGUCGCCGAGGCCGAGGAGGUCUCGCCCGAAGAUGCUCCCAUCCUCAAGUGCUACGCCCACGACACUCGCGCCGCCCAAGACUCGCUGCUCAAGAACGGCAUCGUCGACAUCGCCCUCAUCGACGCACCCGGUCUUAACCGCGACAGUCUCAAGACCACCGCGCUCUUUGCGCGUCAGGAGGAGAUCGAUGUCGUCGUCUUUGUCGUUAGCGCAGAGAACCACUUCACCCUCUCUGCCAAGGAGUUCCUCUGGAACGCAUCGCACGACAAGGCUUUCGUCUUUAUCGUCGUCAACAAGUUCGAGUCGAUCAAGAACAAGGACAAGUGUCGCAAGCUCGUGCUCGACCAGAUCCGACAGCUCAGCCCCGCCACCUACGAGGAUGCUGCCAACCUGGUGCACUUUGUCGACUCGCAGGCCGUAUUUGGCGCAGAGGCCGACGAUGAGUCCAGCGCCGCGCCCGACACGCCAUCCGAGGAGCUCGGUCGCAAGGUUCAGGGUGGCCAGCUCGUCGAGAGUCGCAGCUCCGAGAGUCUGCAGGCUUUCGCGCGCCUCGAGAAUGCGCUGCGCGACUUUGUGCUGCUCAAGCGUGCCAAGUCCAAACUGCUGCCUUCCAAGACCUACAUGCUGCGUCUGUUGUCCGACAUCACCUUCCUUGCCAAGAUCAACACCCAAGUGGCGGAGAUCGAACUGGCCGAAGCUAUCAAGGCGCUACAGGUGGCGCGCCCCGAGCUGGCGCGAUGCCAAGCGUCGCAACAGAAGCUCGAGUCGGUGGUCGAGGGCGAAGAGGACGAGGCGGUGACGGCGGUGAUGCAGCAGGCGCAGCGCAAGUUGUCGUCUGCCAUCGAGCUCAUCGGCAACGGUAGGCCCGCCACGGAAGCGGUUCAGCUUCCCGCCUACCCUGGUCUGUUCAACAUUUGGGAGUACGCGCAAGAGGUGCGACACGCGCUCACAUCGUCGCUCGAGCUGGCGCUGCGCUCGGUCGAAGACACGGCACGCGGCACGGCUUCGCAAGCUGUGGACCGAGUGCAGAAGCUCGGCUUGGCUCACCUGCCCGACGAAGACGCCGAAAAGCGCCAGAGGAUCUUCAACCCCGAUGUCAUGUUCGCCAAACGACGCGCCAUGCCCGGCCUGGUCGGACUGGGCCUGGGUGCGCAGGUGGUCGAAGUGCAGGCCUCGGACUUCUUCGAUGCCUACCACCAUUUCACUAUCGUCACCGGCGGCAGCUUGUCGCAGGACAAGAGCGGUAAGAAAGCAGACAAGAGCACGAGCGACGAGCUGAGCUUGGUCUCGUCGGUGUCGUUGGGUCUGGGUGCGAUGACGCUGAUGGGAAGCAAGACGCUGGGAGCCAAGACGGCCAUCGACGCGUUUGUGCGCAUCUCGGAUCUGGUGGGCAACCCUACGGCUCGUCGAUGGGCUGGACCUGUGCUUGCGGUCGUGUCGACGGGAUUGGUGGUGUACUUUAUCUACGACCUGCCCAACAGCGUACCUCGCAAUAUUGGACGCAGCAUCAAGUCUGGACUCGAGUCCGGUACGCUGUUGCGUUCUAACACGAGCGAUGCUCUCACUGCACUGGCACCCAGCAGGUCGUCGUCGUCGACGAAGAGCCAAGGCGAGGAGCCAUCGUUCACGGCGGUGCACUCUGCACGAGUGGGACGCGAGACACGCAAGGUGCUGCGUCUGGCGUCGUGGGAUCUGCAGGAGCGCUUCCGCACGGCCAUCGCUCAGCGCAGGGCGGAGGUGGAGAAGCAGGAAGCCAAGCAGGCGUCUGCGAACCUGGCGAUCGAGUGGUUCGACCAGACGACAUCACGCGUCACCAGCAUCCGGGGCCAGGUGGAUGAAGUCAAGGGACUCGAAGCCUGA